UGGUCCAUCUGAAAUUCUGAUGAAUGUGCUGCCGCAGAAGCGGUGUGUUUUGCAGCUGAAAGUGAGAGAAAAGUUCAGAGAAGUUCUUGUCAUUUCUCAGAGAAAAUAAAGAAAGAAAAGAAGAGACCCUAUCCAAACACAUAGUAUAGUACUAAAAGAGAAGAAAGUUGGAGUCUUUGAGGAACCCUUGCUUGCCCCUCUCCUCUCCUCUCCUCUCCAUCGCCAAGGGAUGAUGAUUCCUGCAUCACCAUCCGGCUAAUCUAUCCAUCCAUUCAUCAAUCGAUCUCCUCCUCCCCUGCUGUCUCUUCCAGGUGCCCGCCAAUGAAGACCAAAUCCUCCAGGAAGGCCGCCGCCGCCGACGAGGAUGAGGCCAAGUCGAAGAAGCUCCGGUCCUCUCGCGGUAAGCGCCGGCGAGGCCGCCACAGCCGCAGCAGCAGCAGCUCCCGCUCUGAAUCCCCGGCUAGGAAGCGCUCCAAGAAGCUCAGGAUUGCUGACAAGAAGAGCACCAAGAACAAGGGCGGCAGCCGCAGACGCCACCGCAGUCCUAGCCCUUCCUCGUCGUCCACAUGUUACUCAUCACGCAUCAGCAGCAGCGACCCCGAGAGGUCGGUGAGCCCACCCCGCAGGAGCCACUCUAGAGAUGUUAGGAAGAAGGAGAGGGGGAGGGACAGCAAGAGGGGGAGGAGGUCAAGGAGAUCUACCAGAAGCUAUUCAACCAGUGGAGAAAGUAGUGCCAGUAGCCGCAGCAGGAGUAGGAGCAAGGGCAGUAAGAGCAGGAAGCGCAGGUCCGGUGGCGGCAAGGAUUAUGCGAGUAGGGAUAAGAUUGUGCAGGACUAUGACAAUGGCCAUGGUUGCCGCGCCGAGGAUAUGGAAACUAUGGAGGAUGCAAAUAGGGAUGAGAGAGCCGUGGCCCUUAACAACAGCAAGGGGAGUUCCAUUGAUCAUGAGAAGAAUUCGUCCGCUAAGAAGACGGAGAGCCCUCCUACCAAAAAUGCUGAUGAAACAGAAGACACCUUACCUGAUGGUAGUGGAAGCCCAGAUGCUCAGGAUCUGGAGCUGAUUCUCAGACAGAAAGCUCUUGAGAACUUCAGGAAAUUCAGAGGAACAGCGGUCAUGGCAGGCAAGACUCAUACCGAUGGUACAGGGAAGGAGGUGGUAAUGGAUAGCCCCAAGAGCAGUGACAUGAAAAUUGCUGAAGCUAAUUCUGUGGAUCAAUCUUUUCAGAGGCAAAGAAGUGGUCUUUCAAUGAACCAUUCUGCUGGAUCGCCUAGAUUGGAGGAUUAUGGGGAUCAUACAGCUCCUCGAAAGCAGGAAAGCUCUGCUGGCAAGAACCUUGGGACCGAAUCACCUGGAACAUUUGUGGCUGGCAGCACCAGCGAGCAAACUGAGCAGAAUGGAGGCAGUUUAGAACCUACUCGUUCAAAUUCACAGACUAGGCUACAUGAUGGUAGGAGUAGUUCCAGCAUAAUGCAAAGGUUGGGAAGCCCUCCAAGGAGUUCUGUCAGUGCAAAACAAAGGUUAGGAAGCAGUGUAGGGAUGAGUUAUGUGAAUGGAAAUCCCAGAGUUAGAUCAGUUGUGAGCAUACCCACUAAUGAAAGGCUUGAUAGCGGUACAUAUAUCACUCCCCAUAAUGCUUGUGAUAAUUCUUCCCCUGCUGAAAGAAUUAGUGAAGUCAGGCACCCUCCUAUUGAGACUAACAAAGCUGAAAGAACUAAUGGAGAUGAAAGAAAGAAAGACGAAGCUUCAGCUAGUAAUGUUUCUACUUUGUCGACUUCUGAGGCCAAGGAUCAGCCUGGGACAGAGGUCAAAGAUGGUUCUCAGUUUGAGAAAAAGACUUUCUCUAGAAUGCAUGAGGGAGAGACUGUGCAGGUUAGCUACAAAGUCUACAUACCAAAGAAAAGCCCAGCACUUGCAAGGAGGAAGCUACAGCGCUGAAGUUGCCAUGAUCAUCACCUAAUUUUCUUGCCUACACUUUAGUUAUGUAGCUGGAUAUACUUUACUUUCUUGUGCCAUGUAUUGACGCAUACGUGCUUCUUCGGAAAUCAUGCCCGCAUCAAAAUUACUUAUAUUUCAGUUUAGAUGCUGGACAACUCAGACAGAAGCCUGGGUAGUUAAAACAUGUCACAGUUGUUUCUUUUUGCUUGACAAUGAACAUUUUUUGACUGUCACUUGCUCUGAAUUCUGAUGCAAUGUAUGGCAGCUACAGUUGUCAUUGCCUACUGUUUUCAUGUGCAGUGUGGCAUAUUUGGGAUAUGCCAUGUGGUGCUAUGUUGGGUGUAUGAGCUGACAGUAGGACAAGCUUCCUGACAAUUGUACGUCAAAAUUACUCUGUGAUAUCCUGAAAUGCUAGCUGUUUGUUGUCUUGCAGAAACAUAU